AGAAAAAAAAUCAUCGAGACUGUGAUAGUAGUUCGACCAGAGACAAACUUUUUGCAUUGUACGAACACAUUGUCACUACGGUAUUCAAGGGAUAUACUAUGGUUGUACUGUCUUAUCAAUAUCAGAAAGUCACGACACAUAACGAAGAAGAAUAUUUCAAAUACAUGCAAAAAACAUAUCAAAAUAUGACUAAACAGGCUAUUAUUGCAAUAACAGAUUCCCUAACUAACUAUUAUGAAAGAAACGAUUCAACUGAUUUCAAAUCGAAGUAUAUUUGUGACCCCCCAACAUGGAUUGAAGGAGUCAAUUAUCUUCAAUUGAAAAACUAUGUUUCAAUGAGAACGUCAGAGGUAUGUUAUCAUCCUCAGCAAUGUGAUUGUAUACCAAAAAGCAACUAUUAUGAGCGUAAUACAGAAUACAUUAUCAGCAAACAGUGCCCUUUGGUAAAUGUGUAA